AUGCUACCCUUUCGCGAAUCACUCAAACCUGGCUCACAAUUCACAUGGACAGAAGAGCUAAAUCAACUCUUCGAAGAAUCGAAGAAGGUGAUCGUUAACGAAAUCGAACACGGUGUACAGAUCUUCGAUAAGUCCAAGCCCACCUGUCUCGCUACUGAUUGGUCGAAAGAUGGGAUAGGCUUUUGGCUAUUUCAGAAACACUGCGACUGCCCUGCUGAGAGGCCUUUCUGCUGUAAAACUGGCUGGAAAGUUACCCUGGUCGGAAGCCAUUUUACCCACACCGCCGAAUCCAGAUAUGCUCCCAUUGAAGGCGAGGCCCUUGCAGUGGUAGACGCACUCGACAAAGCCCGCUUCUUUGUACUGGGCUGUGACAACCUUAUCAUAGCUGUUGACUACAAACCCCUCCUUAAAGUCUUUGGUGAUCGAUGUCUUGAAGACAUUUCCAACAUCCGCCUUCGCAAUCUCAAAGAAAAGACGCUUCGAUACCGCUUCCGCAUGGUCCAUAUCCCAGGCAUCAAACACAAAGCUGCCGACGCACUCUCACGCCAUCCAUCUGGCACCACCAACCCCGAAGCCAUGCCCAUCCCCGAUGACGUGGCCGACAUCAAUGCCAAUUCCCCCCCACCCAUGUUGAGCAACCCCGUCCUAGCUGGCAUCCGCACCCUUGAACCCGACACAUACUCAAUCACUGCCACCAUUGAAAAGCAACUGCUGUCAUCUGCCAUCAAAUCAACCCACUCCAUGGCCGUAACAUGGGACCGCGUCAAAACAGCAACAGCGAGCGACACAACAAUGGAGAAGCUCCUUUCAACCAUUACAGCAGGCUUCCCCGAGUUUCGCCACGAACUCCCCCCUGAUUUACAGGAAUUUUUCCAAUUUUGUGAACACCUCUAUGCCAUCGAUGGGGUUAUCCUAUACAAAGCUCGCAUUGUCAUACCCUCAUCCCUAAGAAGUCACAUCCUAUCCAUCCUCCAUUCGGCUCACCAAGGCAUCACCUCAAUGACCUCUCGCGCCGAGGCAACCGUAUUCUGGCCUGGCAUAACACCGGCAAUUCGAGCCAUAAGAGAAUCCUGUCAACACUGCAACCGAAUGGCCCCAUUUCAUCCAAACCCCCCUCCCACACCCAUCACUCCACCAAGCUACCCAUUUCAACUCUUAUGCGCUGAUUACUUCCAUUACCAAGGAGUCAAUUACCUCGUGGUCAUAGAUCGGUACUCCAACUGGCCCAUAAUAGAGCGUUGCAAAGACGGUGCAACUGGAUUAAUCCACUGCUUACGACGUAUCUUUGUCACAUUUGGAAUUCCAGAUGAGCUAGCAACCGACGGCGGACCUGAAUUUACUGCCACAUCAACACAAGAUUUCCUCACAUCCUGGGGAGUCCAUCAUCGCCUGUCAUCCGUCGCCUACCCUCACUCAAACUGCCGCGCCGAGGUUGGUGUCAAAACAGUUAAGCGCUUAAUAACCAACAACACUGGCCCUAACGGUACCCUUGACACCGACACCUUACAAAUUGCUAUCCUCCAGUACAGAAAAACACCCGAUCCCACCACAAAACUGUCACCAGCAGAAUGCAUCUUCGGAAGACCUAUCAAAGAUUUCAUCCCUAUUACCCCUGGGCGUUACCAACCCCACCCUACCUGGAAAGAUACCCUUAUGACCCGCGAACAAGCACUUCGCAACCGUCAUAUGCAAACCACUGAAUGGCUGUCCGAGCACACACGCCGACUCCCACCACUGAAAGUUGGGGACCAAGUCCGAAUACAGAACCAAAUUGGCCCCCAUCCAAAAAAAUGGGAUAAAACAGGCUUAGUGAUUGAAGUCCGUCAAUUCAGUAUGCAAUCCGUGUGGACGGGUCAGGCCGUGUGA